AUGGAGGGGUUUGGGGAGUAUCCGCCGAAUAUGGCGCCUCAAGAUGCGCUCAUAGUACGCGAACAAGCUGAACCUAAUCAUGCCGUUGUACCUUACACCGGUGAGGAUCUCGCGCGACCUAGACUCGGACCUCUGAACCCCUACAAGGACGAGACGAAUGCGCUAAAACGCAAGAAUGUCCUCACUGGCCAUGCCGAGGAGACUUUUCUGAGCGAGCACACGUUUCGAAGCAAACAUCGCGCCAUCGAACGUAAGGGUGGUCCCGAGAGGGAAUAUCAGUCCGGUGCUACGGUCAAGGAAGAAGCAGCCAAGCUAAGGGCGUUGCGACAAAAAAAGGGUGAUGCCACGAUUGCCGACGGUGAUGGGGCAUAUGUUGGACCUUGGGCAAAAUACAAAAAGGAUGAAUACGAAGAAGUUGGAGAGGAUGAAGAACUGGCAAGUGACGAAGAGGUCGAAUACGUGUACGAGGACGACGACGACGUGGUAGCAAGCGGUACUGUCGUCUCCGCACCGGCAGAAGCUAUCGCCAGGAGGAAACAAGUAGAGGAACUAGGGGACGAGCAGACGGUCUUCCACGGCGAACAGGAAUACGAUUACCAGGGAAGGACAUACAUGCAUGUGCCGCAAGAUCUCGAUAUCGACCUAGGCAAGGAAUCCGGCAGCAUCACAAAUUACAUCCCCAAGAAGCUGGUACACACAUGGAAGAACCACGACAACAAGGCCGUCACCGCUCUUCGAUUCUUCCCGAACUCGGGACAUCUAUUGCUAUCAUCUGGCGCGGAUACGACGGUCAAAAUCUGGGACGUCUAUCACCAGAAGGAAUUACUGCGAAGCUAUUUGGGCCAUUCCAAGGCCGUAUCGGAUAUAUGUUUCAACAACGAUGGAACACAAUUCUUAUCUGCGUCGUAUGAUCGCCAGAUGAAGCUAUGGGAUACGGAGACAGGUACUUGCAUCAACAAGUUCACUACAGGCAAGACGCCACACGUCAUCAAAUUUAACCCAUCACCCGAACACUCCCACGAGUUCCUUGCCGGUAUGGCGGAUAAGAAGAUCGUCCAAUUCGACACGCGAACAAGGGAGCUCGUCCAAGAAUACGAUCACCACCUUAACGCCAUCAACACCAUCACCUUCGUAGACGAUAACCGACGGUUCAUGACUACUUCCGAUGACAAGUCCCUACGCGCCUGGGACUACAAUAUCCCAGUACCUAUCAAGUACAUCGCGGAGCCGUACAUGUACCCGAUGACGCGGGCGUGCGCGCAUCCCUCCGGCAAGUACGUCGCGUACCAGUCAUCCGACAACCAGAUCGUUGUGUACGGCGCCAACGACAAGUUCCGCCAGAACCGCAAGAAGAGCUACCGCGGACAUAACAAUGCCGGCACUGCUAUUGAUGUCGCGUGUAGUCCCGACGGCCAGUUCCUCGCCUCCGGUGAUAGCGGCGGUUUCGUCUGCUUCUGGGAUUGGAAGACCUGCAAAAUGUACCAUAAAUUGCAGGCCGGCGACCAGGCUAUUACGUGCGUGCAAUGGCACCCUCAGGAGACGAGCAAGGUCGUUGCUGCGGGUAUGGAUGGGAUAAUAAGGUACUGGGAUUGA